AUGCGACGAGGUAACAUUUUCGGAGCUUUCCGUUUAGUGAGAGGCUCUUGGAACCUUCGCGCUCUAUGCUCCGCCCUUUCCUGUUCUCACUCUCACCUCGGCGAACUGGACCGGAGUGCGUUGGAUUGGUGGUUGUGGUUACUCGGUCGCCUUUUUCUCCAUCUGGAUACAAACUUCUCUCAGUGUUUCGUAAUGUCCGCUGUUUCGUCAAAUUCCAGUGGUGAAGGAGGAGGGAAUCGUGACUCUGGUGAUCGUCUUCGUACACAGCGGCUCUUCGACGCUAAUUCGGAUUCGGAUGGCUCUGGAGAUGACCGCACUGCAGCAGACGGUGAUGGCGCCAACAGAGGCGGUUGUUUGAAGGUUGACCGAUCCAGAGACGAACAACCAGGCUCCAGCAGAGGAAGAGCUCCGCAACAGGUGACGUGGUCGUUCGCAGCGAAACCCGCUCCACCUCAUUCACAGCCGCCAGCAAACGUGAAGCAGCACACCACAGGCCCACCGGUGGGCCGUAAGUCUUCGUUGGCCGGGCAUGGUUCUGCGUCAUCGUCUGGCCAUACGAGUCCUUCAGAAUCGCCUGCACGCUCCGUAGCUGGUGGUUCUUCGUGCGGUGAAAGUGAACGGUCGUUAACGACCCCACCACUUCCACCAGCGUUAAAGCACAACCCAACAAGCAGCGGAGGACGAAAGGAACAAUCCAUCUAUCGAGGACAACGUUCGAUGUCGCUUGGUGGUCCUGCACACGAAUCGCUCAUGUCACAACUAGCAGCACGUCAAGGCACAACGACCACGACAACCAUAGACUUAUCUCCGGGUGAAAAGAAUAAAGUCUGCCUGGCAUGCGACGACAUGCGUUUUCUAAUAGAUCAAAAACUACUCGUAGCACAUCCGGACACAAUGCUCGGACGCAUGUUUGCAAUGCGUGACGCUAGAGGCGCUGGCGCCGAAAUGGUCACUCCAAACGAAAGGAAUGAGUUCGUGGUAGCCGACGGUACUACCGCAGCAUGUUUCCGUGUAGCCUUGGAAUACUAUCUGCAUGGACAAAUGCGUUGUCCCCCAACUAUCUCAGUGGCUGAGCUUCGUGAUGCUUGUGACUACUUGCUGAUACCGUUCAACGCUAGCACUGUGAAAUGUCAAAAUCUUCAUGCAUUACUUCACGAACUGUCGAAUGAAGGAGCUAGAGAGCAGUUCUCGAAUUUUCUUGAAGAGAUUAUUCUUCCGCAACUGGUAGCCAGUACAGAACAUGGCGAGAGAGAGUGCCAUAUUGUGGUGCUCCUCGAUGAGGAUGUUGUCGAUUGGGAUGACGAGUAUCCACCUCAAAUGGGCGAGGAAACGACACACGUCGUUUACAGCUCACAUUUAUACAAGUUCUUUAAGUACGCUGAAAAUCGGGACUGUGCGAAACAGGUAUUAAAAUCUCGGGGUUUAAAGAAGAUCCGACUUGGAAUGGAAGGAUAUCCAACGCAUAAAGAAAAAGUAAAGAAGCGUUUCAACAAAGCAGAAGUAAUCUACAACUAUGUGCAACGUCCAUUUGUCCACUGUUCUUGGGAGAAGGAAGAGGCGCGAAGUCGACAUGUUGAUUUCGCCUGUCCAAUAGUCAAGUCCAAGUCUAAUCCAAGCCUUGCCGCCGCUGCUUCUGAUCCGCUACCGCAGCCAGCACCGCUUCAUCAGCAACGGGACCACAAUCUGCUCGGAGUGAACAUUCAUCAAAAUCAGCACGUCCAGCCAUUGCAUUCACCACCGGUAAAUUUUCAUCGCGAUCGAGGAGAUCACGACGGAAGAGAUGAAGAGUGA